AUGCACUUUCGAACGAGCCGGACCGUGGCGUGCUUGACGUUGAUAGCGGGAGCAAACUGUCUCAGCACUCCUCGAUCCGUACCAUCACAGCAUGGCCUCAAGGGAAAGCGUUCGAUUGAAGUACGAGAUGGCGUUACGCAUACCGUGUUCGAACACCAAGCGACUGGAGCUAAGAUUGACUAUGUAACAAACUCUGGUGUCUGCGAGACAACUCCUGGUGUUAACCAGUACUCUGGUUAUUUAUCUGUGGGCACAAACAUGAGCAUGUUCUUUUGGUUUUUUGAAUCGCGAAACAGCCCCGCCACAGCACCGCUGGCUUUGUGGUUGAAUGGAGGACCGGGAUGUUCAUCCAUGAUUGGACUGUUUACGGAAAACGGCCCUUGCACUUUUAACAACGUCGAGGGAAACACGCCAGUGCUGAAUCCACACAGCUGGAAUGAGUACGCCAACAUGCUGUAUGUUGAUCAGCCUAUUGGCACUGGAUUCUCGUUCGGGAGCGAAACUGUCAACACGACCUUUGCUUCUGCUCCGCCUGUUUGGACCUUCUUGCAAGCCUUCUUCACAAACUUCCCACAGUACGAAUCUCGUGACUUUGGUAUCUUCACAGAGUCAUACGGCGGACACUUUGGACCUAGAAUUUCUGAGUAUAUCCAGUCCCAAAACGCCGACAUCGCUAGCGGCAAGAUCCAGGGUCAAAUGAUCAACCUGGUUGCCCUGGGAAUUAAUAACGGAUAUUAUGACUAUGAGAUAGCGGAAACGAAUUUCCCUAGGUUCAGUACCAACAAUAGUUACUACCCAUUGAUCAGCAACAGCAAUGCGCUGGAGUACAUCUCGGAAAUAGAAUCCCAGUGUCUGCCUGGUGUAUCAACAUGUUCGCCCUUUGAAGAUGGCCACUUCGACGACUGCGUAGCAGCAUUUUCACCUUGCGUAGCGAUCGAUAACAAGUUUGGCCAGUUCUUUCUCUCCAACUACUCAACUCAUGAUAUCAGACAGCCCGCUCCUGGGAAUUUUCCACCCGCGACCUACAUCACGUACUUGCAAGAUCCGGCAAUUAUGAAGAAAAUUGGUGUGAAUGUGACCUACUCGGAAUGUUCCAGCGACGUGGCGAACAAUAUUGACAACCUUGACGAUGGAUUACGUUCGUACCUGCCCGCUCUUUCCAACGUCGUUCAAUCUGGCGUGACUACAGUUAUUUGGGCGGGAGAUGCCGAUGCUGUUUGCGAUUGGUUCGGAGGAUUUGCAGCUGCGAAUGCCAUCCAGUACCAGGAUCAAACAGCCUUCAACCAAAAGGCGGUAGCCAGCUAUACAGUAAACGGUGUUAAAGGAGGAGAGUUCAAAUCCGUUGGUGCGUUGAGCUGGUUGAGGGUAUAUGGAGCUGGCCAUGCAGCCCCGGCUUUUCAACCUGAGCUAGCGCUCCAGGUGUUUAAACAAACCAUGACGAAGACGGCUUUAAAAUCGACUUGA